GAUGACGCUAUGGAUCUCGGCAGUACGACUCAAAGCACGGAAACCAGAUGCUGGAUUCUUUCGCAAUACACCGUUCUAUAGAGCUACCGGGGGCGACUCUAUACUGAAGGUUAACCCCAAACUUGUCCCAGCGAAGUACUUGGGCAAGGCUAUCAUAAGGCUCGGUACUCUAGGAAUUGAAAGGAACAAGAUAGAGCGCAUACUGUUGCACUGUGCAGGUACCAUGGGCCAUGCCAUGGACGAAGCGAAUAUAAGUAUCUACCUGUCGUUGCUAGCGAAACUGCGCAUCGGAAGCCAGCAGUGCCUGGAAGCACUAAUACCACAUUGCUACAAGGUAAAGGACAUACAAAGGGCUAUUGCCACGUGCCACCUUAUAAGCAUGGUGCCUGAUAGUAGGAGUGUACCCAGCUGCCGAGUGUUCGCAGCACACGUGGCGCAGCGAGUGCCAGUCGAUGGCCACAAUAUAGAACUACGCCACCUAGGUAUGAUAUGCGAAUCUUUACGUACACUGGAGCUUUAUAGCAAUGAGAUGGGGGAAUUCCUGCUCAAACUGAUUGACGCUGAUGUAUUGUGCCAACCAGUGGAUAAUACCGUCUACAUAAGCUCGAUAUUGGCGUAUCUGGGUGCCAUGGGCAUGGGAUCCAAGCAUUUAUGGAAAGUAUACAGCAAUUACGCGAGGUACAUGGCAAUGGAAACACGGCCCAGGGUGCUAAUCAAAACACUAGAGGCGUUUUGCGCACGUAGACUGAAGGAUACAGGACUCAUGGAUACGAUAGGUGAUGUAGUAGCAUCAACCCUGGAGACGCUACACCCAGAUGAAGUGGUACGAAUAUCGCAAGUAUACGCACGAUACCGGUACUACCACCCACAACUAAGUAUGGCCUUAUUGACAUCAGCCGAACGCAUAGCACCAAUGAUAGACUACAAAGGAGCCAUGCAGAUGAUACUAACUUUUGUCCAAGCAUAUGACACGUCUCCGGGGAGCAUAACUUCACAACAUCGCAGGGGAUUGCGCCUAUCAUUCAAUAGGUGCGCUACCGGUAUCGGCAAUAUGACGGCACAUGAACUCAUGAUGCUAUCCUGCGCUAUGAAACAACUGCCAAAUGACGUCCCGAUAACCCUUAUAGAGGCCGUUAAAAGAGUUAUACAGCGUGCUAGGGAGCUGCCGACUAACAGUUUCGCCACGAAUUCGCAAAAGCGCCUGUCAUCCAGGGAACUGGCAGACAUUGCAUUGGCCAACUAUAGAAGAGGUAAAAUCAAGAUCAGUAACCUAGAUGCCCAACUCAUAGCGCAUACGUACCCAGAGUUGACCUAAACA